AUGUCUCCAGGCGGCAUCAACAAACGUGAAUGGUGGAAGGAGGCAGUUGUCUACCAGAUCUAUCCUGCAUCUUUCCUUGACACCAACGGAGAUGGCUGGGGCGAUGUGCCUGGCAUUACUGCCAAACUGGACUAUCUGAAAGGUUUAGGAGUCUACAGAAGUCCGCAGGCGGACAUGGGAUACGAUAUCAGUGACUACAAUGAUAUUGACCACCGCUACGGCACCUUGGAGGAUGUCGACCACCUCAUCGCGGAACUCAAGAAGAGGGGCAUGAAGUUGAUGAUGGACCUUGUCGUCAACCACACGUCCGAGGAGCAUGCGUGGUUCCUCGAAUCUCGCUCGUCCAAGAACAACCCAAAACGCGACUGGUACAUGUGGCGUCCGCCCAAGUACGACAAGGAUGGCAACCGCCAGCCGCCCAACAACUGGGCUCAGAUUCUCGGCGAGAUGAACUCCGCCUGGACGUGGGACGAGAAGACUGGAGAGUACUAUCUCUCUCUCUUCACGCCAGAGCAGCCCGAUCUGAACUGGGAGAACCCCGACGUACGCGCAGCAGUUCAUGAUGUGUUGCGCUUCUGGCUGGACCGAGGGGUAUCUGGCUUCCGCAUGGAUGUUAUCAACCUCAUCUCCAAGGUACCGGAGCUCCCGGAUGCGGAUAUCGUUGCUUCGGAUCACGAAUAUCAACCUGGCUUCAAGUAUUUCGCCAACGGACCAAGACUUCACGAGUACCUGGUAGACAUGAAGAAAGAAGUACUCAGCAAAUACGACACCAUCACCGUCGGCGAGAUGCCCUUUGUCCGGGAUGAGAACGAGAUUCUCAAGGUCGUUUCAACUCAGGAAGGAGUACUCAACAUGAUUUUCAUCUUCGAGCUUGUCGACAUCGACAACGUGCCCGGUUCAUUCCGUCUUACUCUGCAAGAGUGGGACGCAAAGCAGAUCAAGCAUUGCAUGAAUCGAUGGCAACGCCUCAUGAUUGACCGGGACGGCUGGAACUCGCUGUUCUGCGAGAACCACGACAACCCGCGCUCCGUGUCCAGAUAUACUGACGACAGCGACGAGUACCGUGAGCUUGGUGCGAAGCUCCUGUGCAUGAUGCAGACGACACUCAGCGGCACGCUCUAUGUCUACCAAGGCGAAGAGCUCGGAAUGCGGAACUUCCCGUAUGAAUGGGAUCCGUCAGUGGAAUACAAGGAUGUAGAGAGCAUCAACUACUGGAAGAAGAUGACCAAGACCUAUCCCAACGACCCAGAGAAGCUCGCCCACGCCCGCAAAGUCCUCCACUACAAAGCCCGCGACCACGCCCGCACCCCCAUGCAAUGGGACGCCUCCCCAAACAGCGGCUUCUGCCCCUCCGACGUCAAGCCCUGGAUGCGCGUCAACGACGACUACGCAACCGUCAACGCCGCGGCCCAGAUGUCCGACUCCAAGGAAGCACAAGCAGCCAACAGCGACCAGCUCACCGUGCGCCAGUUCUGGCAUCGCGGACUGGAGCACAGGAAGCAGCACAAGGACGUCUUUGUGUACGGUGACUUUGCGCUUGUGGAUGAGGAGAAUCACAAGAUUUUCGCGUAUCGUAGAUUCACAGAUGAGGAGAGCUGGAUUGUGGUGUUGAACUUCUCGGGGGAGAGCGUGAAGUGGGAGAUUCCGGAGGAGGCGAAGGUGAAGAUGUGGUGUGCGGGGAAUUAUACGUCUGGGAAGCCGGAUAUAUCAAUGAGCGGGACGAUUGAGGUGAGGCCUUGGGAGGGGCUGCUGGGCAUGUUGGAGGUUUGA